AUGACCCGCGUGCUACACAUCUUCGAGCAGUUUGAGCCGCACCCUAUCCAGCAAGCUCUGAGUUCCGAUGUCAUCGGGUGCGUCCUCCCUCGAGCGCCAAGUGCUCGUGACCUUGUUCACGUGAAUGCAGGCAAAAUAUCAUCAUACACGAGUUCAGCAGCACGCAAUACCGAUGGCUUGGCAAAUAAAGGCCAGACCAAUCAACCAAAACCGACUCUGGAACCACGUAAAAAUUCACAUAUUUCCGCUCCCACUAAGAGCAGCCUCGAACGGAGUUCACCAAAGCGUCAUCGCAAACGCCGAGCCAAAGGCACGGCAGAGCAUCGAGAACAACGUCGCGUCGACCAAGAACGUUAUCGGAAGAAAAAAGCACAACGCGAACACGACCUCGCGAAAGUAGUAAAACGACUCAGCCAAGAGGUUCCACUGUUGCAGAUGCAACACAUGCGGAUGGCUUUUGGCGUCAAGCUGACGUUGGAGGCUGUUGUGACCGAGUAUUUCCAACUCUUUCGAUACGGCGUCCAGUUUUCGAACGAAACAUCGUCCUGCUAUCUCAAAGCGAGAUCUCAGCAGCAGCUAGUGUUUCUUCGAAUGGCAAUGUCAAACGACGUCACACUUGGCGAACUGAGGGGGGUGGAAGCACUGCUAGAGCAAUGGAAGCGAUGCUCGACUUACUUCGUCCACUUAGAGCUACAUCAGGGAGAAGUGAGCAAUCCAUCACCCAACUUUAUUUGGGCUUGCGCAACGUUGAGCGUGACGAUAACUAAAACAACGUUGGAGGAAGUGCUCUCACAACUGAUAGAAAUUGAGCAAGACUAUAGACUGGAACUCCGCUCAAGACUGCUGGGUCAACAGCUAGCUCUUCCGUGUCGUGUUUGCUUCGAGUGGGAUGAAAGCUCGAAACGUGUAGUUCGAUUGGAAACGAUGGUAGAUUUCUUCACACCAUUACUGGAUGUGCUAGGCUGUGUCGAAUAUGUAGCGUUGGUGAUGCAGAAACUUCUCAUCACUCUAGAGGGCAUCAUUGGACUUUAG